AAUAACAUUAAUAAUAUCAAAAACUACCAUCACCACAACUUUGCUUACAAAUCUAAUUCAUAUAGAUCUCUUUGCAUUGUCAACUCCAAAAUCACAUUCUAAAAUGGCAACAACAACCUUUCCAACCAUCCUAGGAAUGGGUGGUGCAACACGUCUCACCUCAGGAUUUCUGAAACCACAAGUGAUUGCUAGGAAUCCUUUGAGUAAAGCCAUGGCACUAGGAAAUGGUGGGAGGGUUACAUGUAGCUUCCAAAGGGAUUGGCUAAGGAGAGAUUUCAAUGUGAUUGGUUUUGGUUUGAUUGGUUGGUUGGCACCAUCUAGCAUACCAGCUAUUGAUGGUAAAAGUCUGACUGGACUUUUCUUUGAUAGCAUUGGAACUGAACUUGCUCACUUCCCUACUCCUCCUGCUCUUACUUCACAGUUUUGGUUAUGGCUGGUCUUAUGGCACUUGGGUCUGUUCAUCUCCCUCACUUUUGGGCAAAUUGGUUUCAAGGGAAGGACUGAGGAGUACUUCUGAUUUUUAAUUUCAUAAUAAUCACUUAUUGUAUGUUAUUAAUUGCUUUUCCCUUUGUAUUAUUUUCAGCCUUGUAAUCUACCAUGUAGUAGUACUCUUUGGCACCUUUUUUCCAUUGUACUAGGAAAUAUUUGGUGUAACAUCGCCUUCAUAAUGAAUGUUGUAUAUUAUUAUUGCUGUA